GGGCUUCAAUAUUGACUGUUUGUAGCUGUCAAGACAGGUCAAAAGGCGUCGCACGUUGCGAGGCACCGUUGUCAUCAGUCCAUCUUUCAUUUUUCAAUCAUCGUCGAUGCGACAACCUGUGGGAACGUGUGGCCAUGGACCAUACAACUGGCUGCAGGGAAGUUGAAAGGUGUCGGCCGUGAUCCUGCUUUGCGUCCCCACCGAGGAGCCCUGCUUCUCCCUUGUUCCAAAGCCGCGAUUUAGGUCCGCUUAUAAGGGAAGCCUGCUGGACGUCGCGCGGGAUGUCUUCCCCCGCCUUGUUUGCCCUACGCCUUCACUACCGACACCCUCAAUGACGGUUGGUUUAUACGGAACUGUCGAUGUCAAUAGGACACGAUAUGCGGUCAUAACGACUUAUGGUGAUGCUGCCUUGCUGGUCACGGUCCUGUACGAUUACUUGACCCACCUUGAUCAAGAAGUGGAGUUAAUCUGGAACAAAAGACUCACGUAUAUCUCCUCCCUCUAUUACUUGAUGCGUUAUCUCGGGAUCGUCUACAUAGUAUUCAUUUGUUUGAACCGAUUCCCAGACUCCUUUCAUGAGCGACCGUGCGAAUCAUUAUACGUCGGUGUACUGGUGUGUAAAACGAUACUAGCUCCCGUGAUUCAAGGUUUCAUGGCGUUCCGCGUAUACAUACUAUAUCGGCCCUGCAGAGUGCUGUUUGUUUUCUUGUUGGCAUUGUUUAUUGUCGCCCAAGGGACUGCCACAGCAGGGCUCGCCAUGCUAGCUCACAUGUCAGCAGGGUAUCAGUCAAUAGCCGCACCCUACUGCUCUAUUCCACACGGGAAGACGUCAGAUAAAGGGUGGCUCGCAGCGCUUAAUGUCAUAUGCCCGAUAGUGCUUGAGGUCAUCCUUUGUAUCCUCGUGCUCUAUCGCUGGUUUACGCGGUUCAGAUCGUCGCGGCGGCAGGUACUUCCGUUGACCGUAGACGAUAUCCUAACGACGUUGGUGCGGGAUAAUAUUGUGUACUUUGUGAUUGCUGUGAUUUGCAUGUUUUUAUCGCCUAGAUGGGCGCUGCCCAUGGCCGAUGAUGCUUCGUUUGACACGCGAGCUGCAUGGUACAACAACAUAACCAACGCGAGCCAGGUCGCUUUAUUCAGUCUCUGUGGGCCGCGCAUGAUCCUUAAUGUCCGCAAAUACUACGACCAGGAUAACGCCGUAACGAAAUCAUGCACGACUGCGGUACAGAGUCCACGUGAACUCACUACUGUAGUGCUCCAAGACGCGUCGCGGAUGCGGAGCGAUUUGGAGCUGGACGAGUUUUCUGGGGCGUACUCCGCGUCUUUGCCAGGGGACGGCAGUGAGUUCAACCCGACUGAUCGCAGCGGUGACCAAAUAGAAGAAGUAUAGAGUACUUUUA